AUGUCUUCAACUCCAUCGUGGCUCGACCAUGGUGCAGACCCCUCUCCCCCUCUCCAGGAUGAGAGCCUCGACGUACCAGCUGCUGACACUCCCCCGCCAGCUGAGCCCUCGUCAUUUGCAAGUGCAGAUGAAAAAGAUUUGCCAACAAUCAUACUCUACAUGAGGCUCGCGAACAUGGGAGCUGCUGUUGCGUUGGUCACAAUUUCUGUUCUUCUAAUGGUGUCUUUGCCCCCCCUUUCUUCCUUUGUGUUGGCGAUCUACGCAACUUGUGGUGGAUUGUUAAUUUGCUGCUUGGAAACACAAUUGAAAUUCCUCAGGGUGAUCAUUGCUGUAAAUUUCGGAUUCCUUUUCAACUCGGUAUGGCGCUUUAUCUUUUACAUGGUGAUUGCCUCUGUCUCCUGGUCGUACGAUUCCAUUCCUGGCAAAGUCGUGGCUGGAGUUUGGAUAGGAAUUGCCAUUUUCAACACAUAUGUCCUAUGCCGCUACCCUGGAUACCGUCGCAUUCGCGAGAAGAUUGCAGAGGAGGAAGACAAACGUAUUGAAGCACGCAUUUCGAAAGAAGUGAAACGCCAAGCAGUGAAACAAGCCUCGAAGUAG